UAGUCAAUGAAUGUUUAAAUCCGUUGCAAAAUGAUUGUAAUCCAAACGCUGAUUGCUUGGAUGAACUUGUGGGUUUUAGUUGUCAUUGUCGACCAGGAUAUGUAGAUAUAGGUGAUGGCAAAAGAAGAGGACGAAAAUGUGUGAAGAAGGCUGACACUAAAAACAACAACAACAAACUCUGCAUUGGAAAAAACUGCGAAUCAUCGCCAGAGGCCAUUUGUGACGAAAGGGCGCCAGAAGACGCUACCUAUCUCUGCCAUUGUCCACCUGGUUUUAUUGUCGAAUACGUUGAUGAAUCACUAUCAGAGGAAUUUUCAAAAAGAAAGAAAAAACAACAUCCACGCGGUGCAGCGAUUUGUCUACCUAUCAGCUCAUCAGAAGGUAAAAGGGGAAAAAUAAUUUUUUUAUAA